AUGCUAGGUUUCUCAUCGCGACCGAUCUCGUCACCUCUCAGGCCUACCUCUGAUCCAGUCACCAUCACUUUGAAAGACUUGGGCCCUAGUACCAGUGCUACGUUGGCUCGAUUUUGCAACGAUUCAGACACAGUAGCCAAAGGCUUUUGGCAGUGCCGCAUCGCCGACUACAGCCCGUCAGAUAUUUUUACCAAAAAUGGAAUCGCCAGCUUCCCACUGGAAACAGAUAACGACACGUCCAGAGUGGAUUUUUACAUGACGGAGGUCAAACCUUCGCGGCGAGAAAACGCUGUGUUUCGCUUACAAUACACUGACACCGCAUAUCGUCGCCCGAAGAUGGUUUCGUUCACAAAUCAUGCGCCCGCAGGUCUUGAUAACAACAACCUCUUUUCAGCUGAUGUGCUACGAAGACGCACAGCCAUGUACGGCCACUACUAUAUUGGCGACUGGUCUUGUUUGCUUGGUGAGCCAUCGUCUUUGUUGAGUUGCGGCCCUCAGCUUGAGAGACUAUUCGUGAAUAGUGUCAAGCCGGGCAUUACAACGCCGUACCUGUACUAUGCGAAACAUGCACUCACUGGAAGCGGCAUGCAUAUAGAGGAUCUCGCCGUGCCCUCAGUCAACAUGGUACGCUGGGGCGCCCCUAAGCAAUGGCUGUUCGUCACACCUGAGCAAGAGAAUGUGAGAGCCUUCGAGAAGAAAUGCCGCGAGACAUUCCUGUGGCGCACACAUGCCGGUAGGCCUCAACGCGCAGCGCCACACUGCUCACAGUUUGUGCGGCAUGCAAAUGUGAUCGUGACGACUGAGGCUCUCCGUGACUGGGGCAUCGACUUCAGUGAGACAAUCUGUCGGGAAGGGGAGCUGGUGGUGACUCUCCCAGGGACAUACCACCAGGUCUUCAAUAUGGGGGAGAACCUCGCAGAGGCUGUCAACGUGAUGUGGGGCAACUGCGGUGAAGUCCUAUCAACGUACACCUGUUGCAGCCGUGAUGGAUGUGGAUAUAAUGGCGGCGUCUCCCAAGAGGAUAUGAUGCCAGAGAUCUUAGGUCAAAGGGCUUCAGGAACGCCACACAAGCUGGGCGACAAUACAUCGAGGUUUAAAUUAGAGACAUCCACAUAUACGUAG